AUGCGGGCCCCGGGCUCGCCUCUCGCCCGCACCUUGCGGCUGCUGCUUCUGCUACUGCUCAAGGUUUCUGCCUCUCCUGGCCUCGGGUCCGCUUCUUCGCCAAGAAACGAAACUUGCCUGGGGGAAAACUGUUCACCUGCACUGAGCCACCGUCGCAGCAGGGACUCUUGGGGACUGGGAAAUUCUGCAGAAGACCUGCUAGCCCGUGCGCUCAGGGAGGAGGAGCAGGGGGCAGCGGUGCGCGCACCGCCCGUUAGGGACAUAAGGGCAGCUCCGGGCGGUGACCCAGGUGCAGGCAGAGGGGCGGAGGCGUUGACCGCAGAACCCUCGGGACCUCCAGCCAGGCCGCCUGGAGCCUGGAGGUGGAAAGGUGUCCGAGGUCAGGAGCCCCCUGGAACUUUGGCGAGAGGGAACCCCCCGGCUCUCCAACUCCUCCUUCAGAUCUCAGAGGAGGAAGAGAAGGGUCCUAGAGGCUCUGGCAUUUCUGGGCACAGCCAGGAGCAGAGUGUGAGGACGGAACCUGGCGCCAGCGACCUUUAUUACUGGCCAAGGAGAGGCGGGAAACUCCAGGGCUCCCACCACGACACCCCACCCAAGACGGUCAAUGGACUGUCUGGGCACGAAAGGAGGACAAUUGCACCCCCUGGCAGGGCGCUGGCCCAGAAUGGGUCCUCGGGCGAAGGGAUCCACGAGCGCGGGGGUCCCCGCCGGGGAAACAGCACAAACCGACGCUUGAGAAUAAAGAACCCCUUCUACCCACUGACCCAGGAGUCCUACGGCGCCUAUGCGGUCAUGUGUUUGUCUGUGGUGAUCUUCGCGACUGGCAUCAUUGGCAACCUGGCGGUGAUGUGCAUCGUGUGUCACAACUACUACAUGCGGAGCAUCUCCAAUUCCCUCUUGGCCAACCUGGCCUUCUGGGACUUUCUCAUCAUCUUCUUCUGCCUUCCGCUUGUCAUCUUUCACGAGCUGACGAAAAAGUGGCUGCUGGAGGACUUCUCUUGUAAGAUUGUGCCCUAUAUCGAGGUGGCUUCCCUCGGAGUCACUACCUUCACCUUAUGUGCUCUGUGUAUAGACCGCUUCCGAGCAGCCACCAACGUGCAGAUGUACUAUGAAAUGAUCGAGAAUUGUUCUUCCACAACUGCCAAGCUUGCUGUUAUAUGGGUGGGUGCCCUACUGUUAGCACUUCCAGAAGUCGUUCUCCGCCAGCUGAGCAAGGAGGAUUUGGGGUUUAGUGGCCGAGCUCCCGCGGAACGCUGCGUCAUCAAGGUCUCCCCUGACUUACCGGACACCAUCUACGUUCUAGCCCUUACCUAUGACAGCGCAAGACUCUGGUGGUACUUCGGCUGUUACUUUUGUUUGCCCACACUUUUCACCAUCACCUGCUCUUUAGUGACUGCGAGGAAAAUCCGCAAAGCGGAGAAAGCCUGUACCCGAGGGAAUAAGCGACAGAUUCAGCUGGAAAGCCAGAUGAACUGUACAGUGGUGGCUCUGACCAUUUUGUAUGGGUUUUGCAUCAUUCCUGAAAAUAUCUGCAACAUCGUUACUGCCUACAUGGCUACGGGGGUUUCCCAGCAGACCAUGGACCUGCUUUACAUCAUCAGCCAGUUCCUUUUGUUCUUUAAGUCCUGUGUCACCCCUGUCCUCCUUUUCUGUCUUUGCAAACCCUUCAGUCGGGCCUUCAUGGAGUGUUGCUGCUGUUGCUGUGAUGAGUGCAUUCAGAAGUCUUCAACAGUGACCAGCGACGACAAUGACAACGAAUACACCACAGAACUCGAACUCUCGCCUUUCAGUACCAUCCGCCGCGAAAUGUCCACUUUCGCUUCUGUUGGAACGCAUUGCUGA